GGGACCCCAGCGGCCUUCAAGGCCCACUCCCGGAGCGCAGCGGAGGGGCGGAGUCUGGAGCUGUCGCCCCGCCUCUCCCCUCCCCAGCGCGCUGCGGGGCUGGGGCGCAGAGACCCAAGCGCAGUGCAGCUCUCAGACCCCGCGCCGGGUAUCCCGGACUCCCGAUCUCUGGACUACAGGGCAAGGUGGGCGUUCUGCGAGACCCAAGGAGGUCGGGAGCCUGGCAGUGGGAGGAACUCUCCACCACAGCUUCCCCCCACCUCAGCCAUGGACACCCCCAGCGAACAGGAACUCCAACAACCCUUGCUGCCAAACACAGCCUGUGAUCUCCUGUCCCCCAAGUUUGACAAACCAGAGCUGGGACCCCCCUUCCCAGAAACAGCCUUUGUGGAAUCCCUGAGAGGCCGGCAUUUCCUCCUCCCACCUCUUCCUUCUGUGAGCGCUGGCCUGGGAGAGCCUGAGACCCCUGACCUUGAGGACACAGCAUCCAGUGACAGUGACUCUGAUUAUGAUGGGGACGACCGUCUCUCACCUCUUCUGCCCCAGGACCACCUGGGUCUGGCGGUCUUCUCUGUCCUGUGUUGUUUUUGGCCUGUGGGCAUCGCUGCCUUCUGUCUGGCCCACAAGACCAGCAGGGCUUGGGCCAAGGGGGACAUCCAAGGGGCAGCCACCUCCCGCCGUGCCUUCCCUGGGGUCCUUGCUGUGGGGCUGGGCCUGUGCAUGUACGUGGCUGCCCUGGUGACCUUGGCUGCCUACCUUGCCUCCCGAGACCCGCCCUAGUUGCCCUGCGGGCCCCCACUGUGAAUGCAGAGGCCAGAGGCCCAGUGAACCCGUGACAGGAAUGGAUGAUCUUGGUGCAUA